CAUAAGUUGCUAGAUGUCGCUUCUUCCCGAGUAUCAAAUCGAGGCCAGGUUGACCCCUGUGAUGUCAGCAGGAAACUUACGUGGAGUUAGUCAAAUUCCGAAUCCGCGAUCUGAGUCAUUGAUUCAACAAACUAACAUCUGGAAGACGCAAAAAGGACAACGUACUCGAAAGAAAGCUAGCUGAAGACACUACAAGCUGCUCCAGUUAGAUAGAUCCCAGCCAAGAAGUGUCCCUCCAUCGUGAAGUGCAGACUCCCUCACCAUGAAGCUGUAUUCCCUGUCGGUCCUGUACAAGAGGGACAGUAAAGUCCACCUCCUGAUGGGGGGGUACGACCUGCAGUCCUUUGGAUACUUCCAGAGAGGAAGUGUGAAGGAGUUCAUGGUGUUCACCAGUCAGAUCAUAGUGGAACGAUGUAGGGAAGGAAGCAGGUCAACUGUCAAGGAACAAGAGUACAUGUGUCACUGCUACAUCAGAACAGAUGGUCUGGGAGGAGUGUUGAUAGCUGACCAUGAGUACCCACAGAGAGUAGCCUUCACACUACUCAAUAAGGUUCUAGAUGACUUCACACAGAAGGUCCCAGCUCACCUUUGGCCGGAUGGAAACCAAAACACAAUACACUACACCGAACUAGACGGCUAUUUGGCAAAAUAUCAGAAUCCCAGAGAAGCAGACUCCAUGAUGAAGAUUCAAAGUGAACUGGACGAGACAAAAAUCAUCUUGCACAAGUCCAUAGAAGCCGUGUUGGAGAGAGGAGAAAAGUUGGACGAUCUUGUGGCCAAGUCAGAGGAUCUUAGUGUACAGUCCAAGACUUUCUACAAAACUGCCAAGAAGCAGAACCAGUGCUGUGUGAUCCUGUAGGUACAGAUGUGGGGGAGAUUUCAGCAUUAUGUCAGAUAUGUUUGAAACAAUAUGCAUAGAUCCUUUACUUAGUCCUGAUUCAUGUUGCACACUAGCUCCAAAAAUAAAGGCAAAAAAAGGUAAGAUUUGGCCAUUUCUUGUCACACAGAUAGACCUGAGUUUCAUGGUAUACACCGAAUACACCCAGAAAGUUUAUUUCACAGAAAAGGCAUCUUAUGUAUUAUGUGGUACAAAGUAAAUGGACAUUUGCAGCUUCAAGCCUUCCAUAAUGCUUUUUGUUAUUCGCCUAUUGUAAGACCUAACCCUCUGCAUUAUUUGUGAAUUGGUGUGCCUCACUUUUAGUAUUGUCAGCACUGAGGGCAAGUCUGACAGGAAAGGAAAUACUGUUCUGCACUGUUGACAUGGAUAUUGUGUUUGGUGGUGCAGCAUUAUAAAGCUUUUACAAAAUGUAUAUGUAAGGACAGAAAAUGGUAUGAUAAGGUUGGAGUGUGAAAAUCAGAGGCAAACAGUACAUGUAUGUUGAUGUCCUGCAACCUCAUUGUUGAAGCCAAACAUAACUAAACCCUCCAGUCUCCACAGUGAGCUGCUGGUAUGGAAUGAAAGGCACAGUGCUGUAUCCUUGAUUUGAGAUGGCUGAUUGAGAGAUGUGAGGGACUCCUGUCAUAUUGAUAUACCCCUCCCUCUACUUUCUUAUGAAAAUUCUAGCCUGUAAUACUGUAGUAUGCUUUGCAACAGCUACUUUUUUAAUGCAUAAUCCCUUUCCAUGGUACUAUUCUGUUGUAAAUGCUGUACAUUGUUUAUAUCUGUAAAGAAAUCAAACAAAUUAUUAACUGGUCACAGUGUGAUCAUGUACUAGUACCCAUACAGUUGCUUCAUGUAUUGCCUGGUUUGGAAGACAAACUUUUAGUCCCAUGGAUCAACUAUGCUUUUAUCAUGACACAAAAGUCAACAGCCUUUAUCAAGAUUUUGUCACUGAUAGAUCAGACAUGUUCAAAGUGGUUGUUGUCAACAUUUAUGGGUUGACCAGUGAGACCUAUUGCAGGAUUGACCCCCACUCUCAACACACAAAAGUUGUAUUGUUUGUAACACAGGUCAGCAAGUUAAGGGUUAAUGUUAAUUGUUAAAUGAAACAUGUGAAGUAUUGAGUAUGAUGAAGGGUGCCAGUUUUGUUAUCUGUGUAACAGGGACUGUUGGAUGGUGAAAGGAGAAUGAAAUAUUUGAUCCGGGAUUUUUAGGGAAAAGUCUUUAACAGUUGUAGUCUGUUAUAUGCAGAGCUGAUCAAUAUGAUGUCAGAUAUGAUCAAUACUGUCUCAGCAUCAAAGUUACAUAUUUGAAAAGAUCCUUUUAAACAGUGUUCUGUGCAGACAGGCUCAAUGGAUACCAGUACAUUUAUUUAAUCACAAAUGAUAUCUUCCUUUAUUUUAUAGUGCCUGUACAGUGAUAUUUGAAAGAAAAGAGGACAUGGAAUGAUUACAGGAGACAGAGCUGAAUUUCAAAUGGGGAGAUGUAGACAUGGAUGGUAAACCUAGCAAUGUUACAUGAGUAAUGAGAUCCAGAGUGAACUAAGAAGAGCAGACAAUACUUUGGACUUUCAUUUCCCACAUGGCUUCUAAAGAAAGUACUGCUGUAGUUAUAUUUUGUUAGGGGUAUGGUAAAUUUUAAGAGUUAGUCAAACAUGGUUGUUUAUGAUACCAUCCACCCACAGCUCAUUUGCAAUGAAGGGAUGAUCUUUGUUCAGAGGUCAAGGUUUGUCCCUGUUGUAUUUUAUAGUGAGCCAGAAUUCAGCUCACCAAACAAGUAAGCAUGUUGUAAAUCUGCAAUGUCUAAUUGUGUAAGAGUGACAAUUGUACAGUUAAGAUAUUAUUUUUGUGAUUAUUGUAAACUUCGAUGAUGCUUAAUGUAAAGGUUUUGGUCAAAGAUGGGUAUGAAAUGGCUCAAUUCAUAAGUAAAGUAGGCCAUUAGAUUCUGCCUGUGCCCAUACCUACCGUCUCCGAUGUUAUAUUGCAACUAUUUAUUUUGGUAUUAUCAAGGGGUGAUAAAAACGUAAUGAGUUUGAGUCACAGGAGAGGUUUCUAAGAGCAGAUCUACUUUUAGAACUUUCAAUGAACAGACAACAAGAGUAGGAAACCACUGUGAUGUGUGUGUGUAGAAAUUUUUAGUCAACCAUCUUUCGGAUUUUUUGCUCAAUUCAGUCAUUCCUUUACCACUUCUUCCAUGUUUACCUACCCCUUUGUGUUUCACAUUUGUCCAUUUCCUUUUAAAGGUAACAAUCUAUAGUGUUUUUGAGUAUAGAUAGGAUGACUUUCAGACUAAUGGCUACAGUAGAGGAAUUCUUUUAACAAGAAAAUUUAUCCAAAAGGUGACACUACAACUUCAUCCAGUCAUGGACUAGCAUUGUGUAUGCAAUAGUCAGCAAAGUGCCGUUAUUUUACAUGUGUCAGUAUUUGUAUUGGGCUAGAAUCACGUCUAUUUUCAUGGAUGGGCCUUUUAUCUACGGCACCUUCCAAUUGUUUGAAGAUGAAUCAAAUAAAUGUUCCUGUAUCACUGA